UUGUAUGCGGAAUUCUUGCCAACGCAACAAAGGGCGAAAUGCGUAGUGCUCAUCGAAUCGUUCUGGGCGAUCGGGGCCGCUUUCGAAGCACUCCUGGCAUAUCUCGUCAUGGCCACAUGGGGCUGGAGAGCUCUAGUACUGCUCUCAUCACUGCCACUGGGAUUGUUUGGGAUUCUUUCCUUUUGGCUUCCCGAAUCAGCCCGUUAUGACAUGGCUUCCGGUCAUCCAGAAAAAGCUUUGGCAACCUUACAAAAGGCUGCAAAAGAGAAUCGCGUAAAACUUCCCGAGGGAAAGCUUGUUGCCGGUCAUUCUCGAACUACUGAGAAACGUGGUGAUAUUAUCGAUCUGCUGUCACCAGAUCUACGUCGUACUACACUGCUGUUGUGGUUAAUUUGGGCCGUGAAUGCCUUCUCGUACUACGGUAUGGUCCUGUUCACUACUGUACUCUUCCAAUCCCAUGACGAAUGUCAUGGUGGACUGUUCUCGAAUGGCACACACUUCGAAACGUGCCAACCACUUACACGGAAAGACUACUUCGAUUUAUUGUCGACAACGAUGGCCGAGUUUCCUGGGCUAAUAAUCACUGUAGUGAUCAUCGAAUGGUUGGGUAGAAAGAAGACGAUGGCUCUGGAGUUUGCGGUGUUCUCAGUUUUCACAUACUCUCUAUUCUUUUGUCUGGAUAGGUUUACCGUCACCUGUCUGAUAUUUAUCGCUCGUGCCUUCAUAUCGGGUGCAUUCCAAUGUGCCUAUGUCUACACUCCGGAGGUACGUCUUUCAACUUGA